AUGAUUAGCCUGGUGGACGAGAAGUACUACGAGCGGGCUUGGUGCUACGCCGAGGCUGUGAUGAUCAGCGGGCUGGACGUCUCCUCGAAACGCCAGAGUGCCCUUCGAUGCACCGGGAUGGGUGGUUAUCAAGCCAGCGCGACCGGGGAGUGGACUCUGGAGAAGGCGCGCGACUUGGUGAUUAAGAUGAAUGACAAGAAGCUGAUGCACGAGCAAGACUAG